AUGCAGCCGUAGCAGCGGGUGGCGGCGAUCAGGCACACGACGCUGGCCGGCGAUGACGUCGCGCGUGGGGAUGCUGGAGGCUGCUUCCAUUUCAUUUCACUCAACGGUGACACGCCCGUCGCGCCGCUAACACCUGGGGAAGCCUCCACAGUGCGCCCCAACACCCGCAGCCCACUCCGUUGAUGACUGACCUCGGCGCGCCCUCGAUCGCAGCAGCCCAUUCCAGCCCACCGUCGCUCGCUCACCCACGAUCCCCGCGCAAACAUUCACCUGCAUCGCGAUCGCGCUCCCGGACGCCGCCCCAAUCACGGUAUCCCGCACCGCAGUAGCUCACCCGGAACGCACAAGACCCUUCCUAGUGCCGGGUAGCGUGCUAGCCAGCCGUCACCUCGAUGGAACAUUACGUCUCUCGCGGCUGCCAGACGGACAUCCAGGGCCUCUGCCACGACCCGGCACUGCGCCCGCACCCUCUUGUGUCCCCGCAGCCUGCCAACACCGGUGCUGCUAAUAACAUCACCGGCACGCCCACGCCUCCAGACGACAUGAGCCUCGACAAGACGCGCUUUCUCGUCCACGAGCUAGAAGUCACGUCCGAACCAAUGCCAGAUGCAAACCCAUUGCACGCCUCCCAGGCCGAGCAGCUGUACAACCCCAACCACACCUACAACUACACCGCCAGCACCAUGCAGCCUAGCAUACUUUCGAAGCGCAAAACGCGCCCUUCUCUCGUCGCCCGCAUCUCCCUCCCGGGCCCUGACAGCGGCCUCGACAACGAAAACCCCCGCUCCCCACCGCCCACAGAGGCCCUCAUGAGCCCGCUCCCCGCCGCAAACACCCUGCACGCCGGCCACACCCCCAUAAUACCCGGCGCGCUCUCGCCCCUGCCGUCCUCGGGCCCUGCCUCCCCCGGCGACGCAGGCCUGACCGGCCCGCUUACCCUCCCCCCACAGCCCGGCGACGGCGCAGAAGACACGAUUCCGCUGCACGUGCUCGACGCGGAGCUCGAGAAGCUGCGGCUGGCCCAGGAGCGCAGUGCGAGCGAGCGCAGCGACUCGGCGGAGCCCGAGGACGAGACCCACGAGGACGAUGCAGCGCCGCCUGCUGCGCAGACCAAGGAGAACCGGAGGAGGAGUUCGGCCAAGGACGUGGUGGAUGGGGUGCUGUUGAAAAAGCCGCGCAUGAACAUGGGCGCGCCGCUGGGGCAGGCGUAGGAGCCUAGGCCGCGGCGGCACGAGUGAUGAAUUGGAAAGUUAUUACGUUGGAUGCAUGGCGGUGGCGCGCUGAGACGACACCGCGGGAUAGCAAAAUGGAGGGCUUUGGGUACGUUGCGACAUGAGCGUUUCGACAGCAUUGUUACGGGUUGGACGGACGGAUACUCACUUCGUGAAGGCGUUUACGCGAGCUGCCACGGACGGCAGCCGUAGUCGCGUUUUGGAUGCAGAACCAAAACGUUGUUUAUCCCUGUCCCUCGUGAGGGGACGAGAGGGCGAUACCCGCAUCCGCAGCUGCAUGAGAUAGAUAGAUCAAGGCCAGAGUGCCUUUCCAUUCCC